AUGGCUUGUACACCACUCAGCAAUGGUGUCUCAUUUCCAAAGCAGACCACUCUUCCUCUAGGAGCAUUCCCAGCUGUGGAGUCCCUCACUCAUGUCCCCUCAGGUUGUCUCUAUGCAGCCAACAGUGGUCCUCUCCCCGGAUCUGCUCUCCUAACCUCAUGCUUUAGCAUUCAGCCCCUGCCAGCAUUGGCGGAUUCCAAUCUCUGGCUGUGGCACCCAGGGCUGAUUCCCGAGGAGGCUUUGGCAUGGGCAGUGCAUGCAAGCCCACCGGGGUCUAUACAGCCAAAGGAGGCUUUGGCAGUGGCAGUACUCGGGACCCCAGGGCCAGCGUGGGUGGAGGAGGCCUUGGCUUCAGGGAUGGACGAGCCUGCUCAGAUGGGUGCCCCCUCAGUGCCCACAAAGGCAGGGGCCGUCUUUCACUUGCUCAUAGGAUGCUGCAUCCAGAAGCCUUGCACCCAGCACUUCAGACAGAGUUCCUGCACAGAAGCAGAUAAUGCCAAAAAGCAAGCAGUAGUUGGUACACAUUUAGUGAGUGGGGCAGCAUUUCCUUCUUCCACUGCUGCUGAGGUGGUAGAAAUUAGUUGAAUUCAGUAUGAAAUGGAAUACACCAAAGGUAUUGGUCAGGAAUUGAAGGUCCUGGAAAAAUUAAAGGUAGCACCACCAAAUGCUGACCUUGAACAAGGAUUCCGAGAAGGAGUUUCAAAUGCUUGUGUGAUUAUGCAGGUUCCAGGGAGAAUUGUUGUAUCAGGAAAUAAUGAAGACAUUCCACUUUCAAGACCAGCAGAUCUUGACCUUAUGCAGUCAACUCCACUGGCACUAAAAACACCACCUCAUGUGCUUAUGCUAAGUGAAAGACCACUAGAUUUUCUGGAUUUAGAAAGACCUCCUCCAACCCCUCAAAAUGAAGAAAUCCAUGCAAUUGGCAGGCUAAAAAGAGAGUGCUCUAUGAGUGAAAAUGCUGUUUGCCAAAAUGGACAGCUGGUCAGAACUGACUCCAUGUAUAGCAUUUCAAAUAUAGGUACAAUGAUUGAAGGAACUUCAGAUGACAUGACUGUUGUAGAUGCAGCUUCAUUAGGACGACAGAUAAUCAAACUAAAUAGAUGUCUACAACUUCUGGAAGUGGAGAACAAAGAAGGUUCUAAAAAAGAAAUGGUCAUGUAUUCCAUUACCGUAGCAUUCUGGCUGCUUAAGAGUUGGCUCUGGUUUUGCCUCUAG